CUUUUUGCAGAGAAAGUGCCGAUCACAUGAUUAUAAUUUCCUUCAGGUAUUCAGUCCAUAUAGGUGCAUGUCAUGUCACGGUGGAAUAAUUUGUAAUAUUAUGGAAAAGGUUGAAAAAAAUGAAAAAAAGUAUUUAUAUUAAUGUAUAUAUGCUUUCCUUGUUUUUAUGUUUAACCAGAAGAAGGGGCAUAAUCUUAAUUUAUUAGCUUGAAUUGCAUCUUAAGUAAAAAUAAUCAAUUCUAAUUUCUACAUAAUGAAACACAGCAAUAUUUAUAUGCAGUGGAUACCCAAUACACUUCUCAAAAGGAAAUCCAAUUAGAACUAGAAAAUUAAGAACAACACCACUAUAACAAUCAAAAGGAGCUUUCUGAUACUCCCCAGCGAGAUUCUCAAAAAAGUUAGUUUUCCCUUGAAGCCAAAUCAAAAGGAUUCUCAGCAUUAUAAACUUUCUUAAACCCAACUUCACACAACAAUCUGUCCUCAAUAUACUUACUCAUCAAACUCCCCAUUCAUCUCAACCAAAGCACAAGGAAGCUCACAGAUAAAGUCUUUCUGAAUUUCAACAGCUUCCCCGCACAAUCAUCUUCACUCGCUCCAGCCGCCGUCGCGUACACUCAAAGACUGCCGAACACACCCUUCGUCCAUCGCACUCAACCUUGUCGAUUUCCAACCACCGAUUUCAUUCGCCUUGGCCGUCACAACAAAUCUAGUCAGAAAAUCACACAGUUGAGACACAAUCUCGUAGCAUUGACUCAGAUCAGAUGUCUCAACAAGAUUCAGAUUAUCACUCGGAUGGACAAGAACCAUCCGGUGCGCAUGAGGAGGUGGAUGCACCCACGACCACACCAUCAUCUGGUGUGUAUGACGAGCAGGAUGUGAUAGCACCCACGACCACACUAUCUCCGCAUCCUGUUGCAGAGUUGCUGCCGAACGUAUCAUAUUGCGUUCUAUCGUCACCUCCAUGGGGUGAGGCCAUAGCGCUUGGAUUUCAACAUUAUCUGGUAAUGUUGGGGCAAACAGUUCUCAUACCUUCUAUUGUAGUUCCUCAGAUGGGAGGAGGAGAGAUAGAGAAGGCCAUGGUGAUUCAGAGUCUUUUGUUAGUCGCGGGAAUAAACACCAUGGUGCAGAGUUUCUUUGGGACUCGUCUACCCGUGGUUAUUAACGCUUCACAUACAUAUGCGUCGACCACCCUCUCAAUUGUCUUGGCGGGUAGAUACAAUGACAUUGCAGAUCCCACUGAGAGAUUUCUACGGAUUAUGCGUGCGACGCAGGGUGCACAUAUGUUUGCUUCUGCCAUACAGAUCAUUAUUGGAUUCAGUGGCAGUUGGCGCUAUGUUGUGAGGUUCUUAAGCCCACUGUCUGCUGUUCCGUUGGUUGCACUAUCUGGCUUUGGACUUCAGCGCUUCGGCUUUCCGAUGCUUGCACGAUGCGCUGAGAUUGGAUUACCUGAGCUCGCAGCUCUGGUGAUAUUUACGCAGUAUCUACCUCAUGUGAGGAGAGGGGACCGGCGCAUUUUAGUCCUGGAUCGAUUUGCAAUCAUAUUCUCGAUCGUGAUCAUCUGGACAUUUGCUCACGUUCUCACACUCGCUGGAGCAUACAAGAAAUCACACACCUGCAGGACUGAUCAUGCCAGAGUUAUUGAUGGAGCAUUUUGGUUUUCUAUUCCCUACCCAUUUCAAUGGGGAAGUCCUACAUUUGAUAUGGGAGAUGCAUUGGCUAUGACGGUUGCUUCCUUAGUAGCUUUAGUAGAGUCAACCGGAGGGCUCAUCGCCAUAUCGAGGUAUGCUAGUGCUACUCCAUUGCCUCCUUCUGUACUUAGCCGCGGCAUUGGUUGGGAGGGGAUAGGAAAUUUGGUAUCAGGGAUGAUAGGGACUGGGGUUGGAAUAUCAACUUCUAUAGAAAAUGCGGGAUUGAUAGGCAUGACACGAGUUGGUAGUCGAAGAGUUGUCCAAAUAUCGGCUGGAUUUAUGAUAUUUUUCUCCAUUUUUGGAAAGUUUGGAGCUUUGUUUGCUUCAAUCCCAGCUUCCAUAUUUGCAGCAUUGUACUGCAUUUCAUUUGCUUAUGUUGGUUCAGGAGGCCUUGGCUUGCUUCAGUUUUGUAAUCUGAACAGCUUUAGAGGGAAGUUUAUCUUGGGAUUUUCGAUUUUCAUGGGAUUCUCCAUACCACAGUAUUUUGUGGAGUAUGGUCCUAUGCGUACCAGAGCACGAUUGUUUAAUGAUAUGGUGAACGUUCCGUUUUCAUCCGGAGCGUUUGUUGCUGGUCUGCUGGCUGUUGUUUUGGAUUCGGUUUUGCUUCGGAGGAGUGAUAGCCGUACUCAUAGAGAUCGAGGUAUGCAUUGGUGGGAUAGAUUCACCUCCAUGGGAGCUGACAGUAGGAGUACAGAGUAUUAUUCUCUGCCGUUUUAGUUUUAUUUUCAUGCCGUUUAUUUGGAGCAGUGUUGGAGUUAAGGAUUGCGAAAUACUAUUUUCCGCCGUUUUAGUUUUAUUCUCAUGCAAUUAUUUGGAGCAGUGCCUAGGCUAAGACGUAUUUCCUAAAUUUAGUGUCGAAGUUAUGUGUAUAAUCUAUAUUUAUUUAAUGGAUCAACAUGUUAUAUACCAACUAACAGUUACCAUCUCAAUUAGG